UUACAACCGCGAAAGAGGUUGUUUCCAUGUAAUGCACGUUAGGUGACUUCCAAACAGCCCUUAUAAAUACACAUCUUCCUUCUCUUCUCCUCUCUUCUCUUUUCUUUCUCAUUCCUAACUCUCAUUAUUAUUGUUACUCUUUCUUCUUCUUAUUCUUGAUUCUUGAGAGAUUUUAAACUUGCAAUUGUGAGCUAAAUAUUUUGAAGUAGCUGGAGUUAAAGCUUGUAUUAGAUCUGGAUCCAAUGGACCUGAAGACAAAUCAUACUCCUCGCAUUGCUGAUACUGCAACCUUAACGAGGACAAGAUCAAGGCUCGGUGCAGGCGCGCCUUCGAGUCUGUCAUGCUCUCCUACAAAUACUUCAACUUUUCUGCACGGUCCAUCGCUAACGAUUCCACGGAAGAAGAUAGGAAUUCUUGAUGAUGUUCGUUCUAAUGGUUGGCUUGAUGCAAUGAGAUCAUCGUCUCCUACUCACAAGAAAAUAUCUAUGGAUAUUGGUCAUGGUGUUGCAUCUUCUGAAGCUGAUGCUGCUUAUUUAACCUGGCUGCUAGAGUUUCCAUCAGCAAUUGGGGCCUUCGAACAAAUUACUAAUCUUGCUAAAGGCAAGAAAAUAGCACUGUUUCUUGAUUACGAUGGGACUCUUUCGCCAAUUGUUGACAAUCCUGAGCGUGCUUUCAUGUCCGAAAACAUGCGUGCUGCGGUGAAAAAUGUGGCAGAAUAUUUUCCAACUGCAAUAAUUAGCGGAAGAAGUCGUGAAAAGGUACAUGAAUUUGUUGGAUUAACAGAUCUCCAUUAUGCUGGUAGUCAUGGAAUGGACAUAAUUGGUCCUCUUAGACAGUCUAUAUCUGAUAAUCACCCUAACUGCAUUAGGUCUACUGAUAAGAAGGGUAAGGAAGUUAAUUUAUUCCAACCUGCUGCUGAAUUCCUGCCUAUGAUCGAUGAGGUCCGUAAGUUGCUCACUGAGUCUACAAAAGACAUCAAAGGAGCAAAAAUUGAGAACAACAAGUUUUGUGUGUCUGUACAUUAUCGUAAUGUAGAGGAGGAGAGUUGGGAUUUGGUGGCUCAACGCGUUUUUGAUAUUAUGAAGGACUAUCCACAUUUACGAUUAACUCAUGGUCGGAAGGUUUUAGAGGUUCGACCAGUGAUUGACUGGGAUAAGGGAAAAGCUGUUACAUUUUUGCUUGAAUCACUUGGACUUAACGACGACGAUGAUGUGCUAGCUAUAUAUAUUGGUGAUGAUCGGACUGAUGAAGAUGCAUUUAAGGUUUUGAGUGAGGUUAAUAAAGGCUUUGGAAUCUUAGUCUCUUCCGCUCCUAAAGAAAGCAACGCGGUUUACUCUCUUUGUGAUCCUUCAGAGGUCAUGGAAUUUCUCAAGUCACUUGUGGUAUGGAAAUCAAGCUCUACAGUAUAAUGUAUAGAUGAGAAUAUACUCAACUAUACUAUAUAUUAAAGAUAGAUUCUGUUUUUGAGUUUGGUUCAGAAAAUUUCAAUUUUCAAGGGUUUCUUGGAGCAGAUUUAAGCUCUGAAGAAGACCUCAAGAUAGGAAUAACAUUUUCAUUACUUAGUUUUUUUUUUGCUCAAAGCUCUUGUGGAAGCUGUAAAUUCAUGGCUCAUGAUUAUUAUAUAUCUCAGAAAGAUUAUCAAAAUCUACCAAGGGGGGUUAUUUUGUCCCUAGAAAAGAAUACUCCUAUUAUUUAAUUUAUUUUCUUUCUGAAUUAUUGGAUACUGCCCUUAACCAGCAAAUGAAGGGAAUUGUUCCUUUAUUUUUUCCUUUCUAUUUAAGGGAGAAUUCUUAUGUGUUCAUUUUUUUAUAUGUAAUUUGGAAUUCGAUGUCAUUAAUAUAUAUUACCUAUUUUAUGUAAUUUUGAUUA